ACCCCCAGCUCACCUCCCCAAAGCUCUCUCCUCCCACCCACGCCGCCAAGAUUACGCGAAAAAGGGAAGAAAUUUAUCCCAGAGAGCAAAUACUUCCUCCCCUGUUGUCGGCCGUCAGAGCGCGUAGGCACUGGUAGCAGCCGCUUGCGCGAGCCAUGGAGCAGCGAGGAGGCAUCUGAGCGAAAGAGGGGAUCUUCUUUUUUUAUUGGUUUGAUUUGUGGUUCUUGGCUCGUGAUCUGGGUGGAAUAGGGUUUCGUUCGCUGGAAUAGAGCUGCGUGGUUGCCGUGAAGUGAAAGCCACUGGUUGACCUGUACUGACUUGCGGAAGAGCGCUACUUGGGAGGCAAUCAGAGGUGUUUCGUUUAGUCAAAGAAGAGCUCAGCUCCCUUCUUUUGUGUUGUCCAUGGGAUGCUUGCUGUGAGGCACUGUGUUCGUCCUAGGAGAGAGUAAAACAGUUCUCUUUUGAUUGGAGAGACAGUGCACUUUGGGGGAUUGGCUAUGUCAGUUUCGGAGAAGUUGGUGCCAUCAUCAUCAGCUUCUUCGUCAUCAGAUUUGGAUCCGCUGUUGAAGGAUCUUACAGAGAAGAAGUUGAGCUUUAGGAGGAACGUGGUGUCGUUGGCAGCUGAGCUGAAGGAUGUGAGGAAUAAGCUUGCUUCACAGGAGCAGCUGUUUGCUAGGGAAUCCCAGACUAGGAAGGUUGCAGAGACAAAGUCAAGGAGCAUGGAAGAGGAAGUAAGCAAGCUGCAGAAAUGCUUGCAGGAAAAGGAUGAGCAACUGCGUUCAACGACAAGUAGCACUGAACAGUACCUUCACGAGUUGGACGAUCUUAGAACAAUACUUUCGUCUACCCGAGCUACAGCAGAAGCAAGUGCUGCAUCAGCCAAGUCAGCUCAGUUGCAGUGCUUGUCAUUGUUGAAAGAGCUGAAUGAGAAGGACAGCUCGCUGAAAGAGCACGAAAUUCGAGUGAACAAGCUAGGUGAGCAGCUUGAUCUUCUCCAGAAGGAUCUUCAAGCAAGGGAGCUCUCACAGAGGCAACUCAAAGAUGAAGUUUUGAGGAUUGAGACCGACAUCAUGGAUACAGUUGCCAAAGCUGGAUCUAACAAAGACAACGAACUUCUAAAGAUCUUAGCUGACGUUUCACCAAGGAAUGUCCAGAAUCUCAACAACCUUUUGACUGCUAAGGAUACAGAGAUUGCCAGGUUGAGAGAUGAAAUCAGGAUAUUAUCUGCUCACUGGACGAACAAAACCAAGGAACUAGAAUCACAAUUGGAGAAGCACCGGAGAACCGAUCAGGAACUGAAGAAGAGGGUUCUGAAGCUUGAAUUUUGCCUUCAAGAAUCGCAGUCUCAGAUGCGAAAACUAAAGAGGAGGGGGGAGAAAAGAGACAAGGCUCUCAAGGAGCUCAUGGAUCAGGUUGCCAUAAAGCAACCCAACGGCCCGUGCCACGGCAACAAGGAGAAUUUCUGGGAGAGCCAGGGCUUCAAGUUCAUCGCCUCCAUGUCGAUGCUGGCCCUAGUGAUGCUCGCAAAGCGAUGAAAUGGCAUCCUGAACCAAAUCCUGUGUAAAGAAGUUAGGUGAGCAGCUAGCUCAUAGUUCAUAGUUUAAGAAGCUUUGGUGCAGCGUUUACGUUAUUUUGUAGACUUGGGCAGUUGGGCAUGCUGUAUGAUCAGAUGUCCAGACCGAACUUGCCAACACCCUAUCCUAGUCCUGUAGACUGUAAUAGUGUAGUCUGCACUCUGUAGUGCAGUCGCUGCCAGUUCAUGUGAGCUCAUAAGCAGUCUAGUUAUGGAUCUACCUCCUAUAAUUCAAGAGUAGCUACUGCAGUUCUCAUUGUUAUUAUCCUGCUGUACUUCUAAUCUUCAGUAUCUAUAUGGCUAGUACAUGCUUCUGAAGUUCUUUUCUGCA